CUUUUUUUUUUCUUCUUUAAAAAAUCCCUUAAAAUUUCAAUUCAAGCAAAAGUGCAAAACCAUAUCUAUACUCUAAAUUACAUCGUUCACUUGAAAGCCGGUGUGAAUGGAAGAACGCGAUGUUAAAAUGCACGCAAAUUCAAAGGGAUUGGAAGCUUCAUUACACAAUUUGAUUCAACUUCACCAUCACAAAUCUCUCAUACUUGCAAAUCAAUCCGAGAAAUCGAAGAAAGACGCGAUUAGGAAAGCGGAACGCGUUUCGGAUCUAUUGGUGGAAGCUGUGAAUGGUGGUGUUCAAGAUUCUUUCAUUUACCAAAAGAGAAUUGAGCUUGAAAUUCGUGCUCUUGCUGGUACCAUUACUAGGUUUACCAAACAAACGGAUCAGUGGCUUAAUGCUACUCAUUCCCUCAACACAGCUAUCAAGGAAAUUGGAGACUUUGAGAAUUGGAUGAAGAUCAUGGAAUAUGAUUUUAAAAGUAUCAAUGCAGCUAUACAAAACAUUCACCAAGAGUGAUCUUGCAGGUUGCAUCAUGUUUUCAUGCAAGUCAUCAUGUAAUUCUAAUCCCUUCCCAUUUCAUUUAUCUAUUCUAGAUUCAGCUCCCAAUAUCAUGUAAAAUUUAUUAGGUAACAACUUGUUUCUCAGCAAAAUAGGUGCCUUAAAGAAGACACAACCUUGUUCCAUAUUCUGAAUGUAAAUUAUGUUUUUUUAUCAAGAUUCUAGAACAUUUAGUUAGAAAGAACUUUUCCUGACUCAUUAUAAUGAUUUUUCCAAGUUUGGUGUAUUUGGGUGGAUGAGAAUUUCUGAAUAUUUAGCAGUAAUCGAAUUCUUAUACAA